AUAGAAACGUUUCUUUAGCGUAGAAGAGACGGGGGGAGAGAGUAGGAAAUGUUUUAAAAAAAGGCAAAGAUUUAUGUAACGCAAGAAGCUGAGGCUGUUCCCAAGUCUCUCUCUUUGCAACCUCCGAGGAAUUUUGGUAGUAUCCUCUGCAAUAUUUUGUCAUCAGUUUCAGUUUUGUGAUAAAAGUGAGUGAGAGAGAGAGAGAAGUGAGUUGUUUCGGUUUCUGUUUGUGUGUGUCAGUAAGUGCUUCUCUUUUGCCCAUUUUUUUUUCUGUGGGAAGAAGAAAAUGCUGGUUCGGAGGAGGGUGAUGAGUUGGAGAAGGGUGGCGAAGGCCCUUCAGGCUCUGGUAGCUCAUGUCUUACUUUUCUCCUUCACUAUUUCCCUUGCUCUCAAGCUUGACCAUGUCAUUCGUCACUCAUGGUGGAAGGUAUUUUUUCCUCUAUGGGUUUUUCAUGCUGUGGUAGCACGAGGCAGGUUUUCCUUGCCCGCUCCUUCGAUGCCUCAUGAUCGCCGAUGGGCUCCUUUUCAUUCACUCGUAGCAACUCCUCUACUUGUUGCAUUUGAGCUACUUCUUUGUAUGCAUCUCGGGAGCAGUUAUGUGAUGAAUUUAAGAAUUGUCUUCAUGCCCCUGAUAUUUCUUGAAAUGGCGAUUUUGUUUGAUAAUGUCAGGAUGUGUAGGGCUUUGAUGCCUGGAGAUGAUGAAAAUUUGACCGACGAAGCAGUAUGGGAAACUCUUCCGCACUUCUGGGUUUCAAUAUCCAUGGUCUUCUUUAUUGCUGCCACAGUGUUCACCCUUCUAAAGAUAUGUGGUGAUGUUGCAGCUCUAGGGUGGUGGGACUUGUUUAUUAACUUCGGCAUUGCACAGUGCUUUGCGUUUCUUGUUUGUACAAAGUGGCACAAUCCAACUAUUCAUGGAGGCUGUCAUAUUACAGAACCGUGUUCAUCAUCAAAUACCAUAAGAUACCUAGACUUGAGGACAGGAGGCUUAGUUGUUUACACAGAUGAAGAUAGACAGCAAAAUGGGUUCUGCAAUCUGCAGGAUAUCGGCAGCCAUAUUAUGAAAAUUCCAUUCAUUGGUUUCCAAAUACUUCUUUUUAUGCAUUUAGAGGGAACACCAUCCAGUGCAAAAAAUCUGCCACACUGGGUCAUUAUUUCCCCACUAUUUUUGUUGCAAGGAGCUGGGGUUUUAUUUGCAGCUUAUAGAUUAAUAGAGAAGAUAGUUCUUUUACUCUACAUUGGAGAUAUUCCUGAAAGAUACUCAGCUAUAGCAUCAAAAUCCCGUGAUUGCUUUGGGUUCUUUCGAUGUGGGUCAAGGUUGCUUGGUUGGUGGUCAAUAGAUGAAGGAAGUAGAGAGGAAGAAGCUAGACUUUUUUGUGCUGGGAGUCCUGGGUAUAAUACUUUCACCCCUGAGACGGUGAAGAAAAUGCCUAGAACAGAUCUGGUUGAGGAGAUUUGGAGACUACAAGCUGCACUGGGUGAGCAGACACACGUUACAAAAUUUAGCCAGGAGGAGUAUGAAAGACUUCAAAAUGAGAAGAUCUUAUGCAGAAUUUGCUUUGAGGAGCAGAUCAACGUGGUCCUACUUCCCUGCAGGCAUCACAUUCUUUGUAGCACUUGCUGCGAAAAAUGUAAAAGGUGCCCUGUCUGCCGUGGAUCCAUUGAAGAAAGGAUGCCUGUAUAUGAUGUAUAGACCGAGUUCAAUGAAGAUGUAUAGGUAUCUUACUGAUCAUCCAGCUUGUGAUUUUAGAUGAGGCAAGCACUGAGAAUUAUCAAUUUCUCUUCUCAUAGAUAUGAUGAACAUCAGAAGUUGUAUAGAAUUUUAAACGUGUUACUCCCCCUCCCUCCUAAUUUUUCUUCCAAAGUGCAUUCUUGCAAUUCUGAAGGGAUUGCCAAUAGUUGCAUUGUCUUGAAUUUUGGUAUCGUAAGGAUUUAUCUACACCAAAAACGAAAGAUGGCAUAUUUGAGGUAUGGUUUUAUCUUUAAUAUUGUCUAUUUUGACGUUGGUCUAAGCCUUAUGGUUUUAUCUUUAAUAUGGUGUUUCCAUAGGUUAAGAAGAGAUGUUUAUAAAUUAAAUUUUGUCUCGACUCCUAAGGAUGUUGUACCGGAACAAUAUCCAUUCACCAUUGUUGGAUUUAAACGUCUAUUAUUUGUUUGAA